CUUUCUGUCUGGCUGCUGUCCUGUCAUCGGCCUGGGUGUGGUUUGAGAGUCCGGGUACCGUUAGCAGGAAACCGAGCUUUCGAGCCCAUUUUCACUUCGAAGGCGACACAAAAGACAAAUAUUUCUCACGGAAAGCGGUUUUUCCUUUCUUUCUUCCAGCUAACACAUAUAAGGUUGGAUUCGUUUUAGACCGGAAGCCAUUUGACUGGCGCCGUUGUUCUGAUGGGAAAAAGUUUUCUGCUGGUUUCGCCUACUGCUCGUCUGUUUUAUUAGCGUUUUUCUUGUUUUGUUUUUUCUUCCUACUUUUUGAACCCCAAGCGGACGACUAACAGCAAAGAUGCCGAAAACGAUUAGUGUACGAGUCACCACGAUGGAUGCAGAACUGGAGUUUGCCAUUCAGCCCACGACAACAGGAAAGCAACUGUUUGACCAGGUGGUGAAGACCAUCGGGCUGAGGGAGGUUUGGUACUUUGGACUCCAGUACCAGGAUACCAAGGGUUUGUCCACGUGGCUCAAGCUCAAUAAGAAGGUCACUGCCCAAGAUGUGAGGAAGGAGAGUCCGCUGCUGUUUAAGUUCCGUGCCAAGUUCUUUCCUGAGGAUGUGUCUGAGGAGUUAAUCCAGGAUGCCACCCAGCGGCUGUUCUUCCUGCAGGUGAAGGAGGGAAUCCUAAAUGAUGAUAUCUACUGCCCCCCAGAGACGGCCGUCCUCUUGGCCUCCUAUGCGGUGCAAGCGAAGUAUGCGGACUACAACAAGGAAGUCCACACGGCAGGUUAUCUGUCUAAUGAACAUCUGCUCCCUCAGAGAGUCCUGGACCAGCACAAACUCAGCAAGGAACAGUGGGAGGAGAGGAUUCAAGUGUGGCAUGAAGAGCACAAAGGAAUGAUAAGAGAGGAAUCCAUGAUGGAGUACCUGAAGAUUGCCCAAGACCUGGAGAUGUAUGGAGUCAACUACUUCAACAUCAAGAAUAAGAAAGGAACAGAGUUGUGGCUGGGAGUGGAUGCUUUGGGACUCAACAUUUAUGAACAGAAUGAUAAAAUGACACCCAAAAUUGGAUUUCCUUGGAGUGAAAUCAGGAAUAUUUCCUUCAACGACAAGAAAUUUGUCAUCAAACCAAUUGACAAGAAAGCACCAGACUUUGUAUUUUACGCUCCGAGGCUGCGCAUCAACAAGCGCAUUUUGUCUCUGUGCAUGGGAAAUCACGAGCUGUACAUGCGCCGCCGUAAACCCGACACCAUCGAAGUGCAGCAGAUGAAGGCUCAGGCCCGGGAGGAGAAGAAUCUCAAGAAGAUGGAACGGGCUCUGCUGGACAAUGAAAAGAGGAAAAGGGAAACUGCAGAAAAGGAAAAGGAGAAGAUCGAAAAGGAAAAAGAAGACUUAAUGGAACGGUUAAGGCAGAUUGAGGAGCAGACUAAACGGGCCCAACAAGAGCUGGAAGAGCAAACAAUGAGAGCUCUCGAGUUGGAGCAGGAGAGAAAGCGAGCUCAGGUGGACGCUGAGCGCUUGGAGGCGGAUCUGAAGGGCGCAGAAGACGCCAAGAUGGCGCUCCUGCAGCAGUCUGAGAACCAGAUGAAGAACCAAGAGCACCUGGCCACUGAGUUAGCUGAGCUGACAUCUAAGAUUUCCCUUCUGGAGGAUUCCAAGAAGAAGAAGGAAGAGGAGGCAGUGCUGUGGCAACAUAAGGCCACCAUGGUGCAGGAGGACUUGGAGAAGACCAAAGAAGAGCUCAAAAACAAAGUGACGGUGGUCCAUGUUCAGGAGCCCAUCAACACUGAGAAUGAGCACGAUGAGAACGACGAAAGCAGUGCAGAGGCCAGCGCUGAGUUCACAUCUGCGGCCGCGUACAAGGAUCGCAGCGAGGAAGAGCGCAUGACAGAGGCGGAGAAGAAUGAGCGUUUGCAGAAACAUCUACUCGCUUUGAGCUCAGAGCUGGCCAACGCUCGGGACGAGACCAAGAAGACGGUCAACGACAUGAUCCAUGCCGAGAACAUGCGAGCGGGGCGAGACAAGUACAAGACCCUCAGACAGAUCCGGUCAGGGAACACCAAGCAGCGCAUUGAUGAGUUUGAAUGUAUGUGAUGUGUGGCCGUCGUGAGGCUCAGUCCACCACACUGCAGCCGUGCGUCACUCAAGCGCUUUGUCUCCUACAAAUUCAAUCAGCUCCAAAUCAGCACAAUGUACAAAUAUGGAAGGAAAUUGCUCUUUUUUUUAAACUCUGCAAGUCACUGGUGGAUAAGGGACAUACUGUAUUUUAUAAGUGCCUUCGUCACGAGGAAGGUUUUGUAGCAUAUCUAUGAUAAAAACAUCAACUAUUUGUCAUUUUGUAUCUCAAAAAUAAAGAGCUGAAGGGCCAGCCUAACUCUGUGCCCUUUAUACAAACA